AUGUCUAGAACAUCCAAUUACAUUGUUCAUGCCCAUUAUAAUGGAGAGACUUUCAUCUCUGAGAAUUCGGGUUUCGGGUUUCAAAAUACAGAUCUUACCCGAUUAACCAUGAGUAGAAAAGCAAAUUUUGUGCAUUUCAAAGAGCGCAUACAGUCGAAGAUUUUGUCUGGUCAAAUCUCCCAGAUCAUUUACAGAAGUCCUAUUUUUUUUACAACAAUGAGGUCAAGUAUUUUCAAGAGAAAAUACUUGACAACAGCGAUGUUGAUCAAAUGUUUGAUAGUCACGAACAAUCUGGCCUCGACUAUAUCGAGGUUUAUCUGUUACUCUGCCAAACUGAACAUGAGGUUGGUGAAACAACGGAUAUAG